CCUUCCGCAUCUUGGUCCCGCAUCUCCUCCUCUGAUGAGCACACCCGAUUUAUACACCGCCAGCGGGGACAGCGGCACCCACAUCUCCAUCAAUGAUCCAGUUGCCCCCAAUGAUCCCACUUACUACGGUGCGACGCUCAACUCCGAGAUCUCCUCGACCGAGCAUGAUCCUCUGUUUUCAGAACCCGAUGAAGUUGACAAGGCCGACAAGAAGCGCAAGCGCAUCAUCCUGAUCACCGUCCUUUCGGUGUUCGGAGUUGCUCUCUUUUUGACGCUCCUUUUUACGCUCAUUAUCCCGGCCGUCAUCACCGCUUUAAUGGGGCACUUCAUCCGUAAGGCUGAUGUCGAGAUCUACUCGUUGGAGCUGCUGGAUGUGAAGGAUGGUGUGUCAUCGGUCCAUCUCCGGGCUGCCAUCCUGGCAGACGCUCCCUUUUCCACGUCGGGUGUGCUGCACUCCGGUCCAGUGGAUGUCCUUGUGCCUGAUCCUCUGCUCUGCCCCCAGCCUCCGCCUCCGGGCGAGGCUGGGGGGUUCCGCUUGCGAGCUGCCUCGCAAUCCGGCUCCUCCCCCUCGGGGUCCUUUUCUUCGUCCACCAGUGGAGGCUCCUCCUCGUCCUCGGAUUCCACGCCCCCGCCGGAGGAUGUUGAUCCCGGUUGCACGUAUGCCGUUGUUGGCUCAGUCAUGCUGCCUUCCAUCGAGUUUGAUGGGCUCCAUGUUGAGAUCGACAUCAUCGCCGACAUGAUCAUCCUUGAUGACCGCCUUCUCCACUCCUUCAUGGAGCGUGUGGCCAUGAGCGAGUGGACUUCGGCACGCAUGGCCGGGAAGUUGAAGAUCACGGCCAAGGUCCCGAUUUACUCCAAUCACACCGCCUUGGUAUCCAUCGACCAAAAGGCCAUUGUCCGUGGAUUCGUCGGCUUCGACCUCCUGGUGGAAGAUAUCAUCUACAGCGACUCGACCCUUGACACGCUGACUCUGGGCUUUGUUGUGGCCCUGCACAACCCCUCCACCGUGGCAUUCAGCUGGCCCCUCAAGGUGCUGGCCUCUCAACUGGAUGUCUUUUACUACGGGGCCGUUCCCCCGGUGGAGGGUGCCCCCCGGCCCGAUCCGACGGUGUCUCUCGGGCUGAUGGAUGUCGAGGGGGUGGUCGUGCAGCACGGCCUCAACCGACUGACCAUGUAUGGCACGCUUAUCAACACGCCGGCCAGUGCGCCGGUCAUCGGCCAGUUUAUGGCGGACUACGUCACUGGCAGUGCUGUCGACUUGCGCGUCAGCGGCUCCCUCAAGCUGGACCUCGGGCUUCCGGAGCCCGAGCCGGAUGCCGUGGCCACCAUCACCGUGGGCCAUGUGCUGCCGGCUCUGGCCGAGCCCCUGAUCGAGGGGGUAUUCAUCGACUUCAGCGGUGGCCUGCCACUGCCUGGCCCUGGAGGGAUCACCCUUCAUGGGCAGGCCAAAUUCCGCAUGCCCUUGGGGUUUGACCUGCACAUUGUCCGCGGCAGCUUCGAUGCCUACUCGCACAACUGCGAUGCGGUCCUUGACCGGGUCAACCUCGACUGGUCGAAGAAUCCCCUGCUUCUGCCCUCUCGCCAGGCCAUCUGCGUGCCGAUCUCCAUGAAGGUGAGCAUCUCGAGUGCCUCUUGCUUGUUCAAUGCCUUCCUCCAGGGCGAGGAGUUGCUGGUGUCCUGCCAUGCGGCCGAGCUCCUGGUGCGCGUCGGGGUCUUCGAUUUGCUUGCCCAAUUUGACUAUGGUCCGGUGGUAGCCUCACCGCGGCGAUGCACCGUGUGAUGAGGCGAUAUCCGGCCUGUGCCUCCCUCCUUGCGGCUUUUUUUGUCCUUGUGCUCUUCUCCUCGCGGGGAACUGGGAGGGGGGGGGGGAGAUGAGAGACGAAAAAAGUCCCCUUCUCUUGCUCCGGAGGCGCGCGGCAUGCAACAGUGUUGUGCUCCCCCCCCCCCCCCCC